AUGCCGGAAAGCAUGGGGUCUUUGGAGAAUCUAGAAAUUCUAGAUAUUUCUAGAACCGGUAUAGAAGAAUUGCCCGGAGGUAUUGGGAGGCUGAAAAAGCUCCGACAUUUAGAUGCUUCACGGUGCCGUGAACUAGGAGGGGAAAUGCCAGAAAGCAUGGGGUCUUUGGAGAAUCUAGAAAUUCUAGAUAUUUCUGAAACCGGUAUAGAAGAAUUGCCCGGAGGUAUUGGGGGGCUGAGAAAGCUCCGAGAGUUGCGUGCUGAGAGUUGCGAGAAUCUGAAAGGGGAAAGGAGAGAAAGCAUGUGCAAUCUGUCAUCCCCGCAACACCUCGAUUUUUCUUUACGUAGAGAGCUCCAAUCGCUGCCGGACCUUCCUUCCGACUUAACAUAUUUGCGCAUCACCUGUCAAAGUUGCAAAUUGCCUUCACUCUCCCACCUGACCGGUCUCAAGGAGCUAGAAGUCGGUUCUUGUGAAUUUCUCGAGUGCAUCCAGGAGCUUCCAUCAACACUACUAAAGAAUUCAGAAUGUUCCCAACCGACGGGUGUUGAAGAAUCGGAAUUGCCACAAUCCCUAAACACUCCCUUCAAGUUGGAAAUCUUGAAAGUCAAUGACUGUGAAUCUAUUGAAAUCUUGGACGUCUCACGGUUUAUCCAUCUAAGGACAUUAUCCGUCGAUUUUUGCUGGAAUUUACUUGAAGUUCGAGGUCUUGAUAAAUUGAAAUAUUUGGAAUCCUUGACUGUUCGCUCCUGCAAUUCGGUUGAACGGUUAAAGCUUCCAAAGUCCGAGGGUCCGAAGGUAGUGAACGUUAAAUAUUGCGAAAACCUCGUCGAAAUUCAAGGUCUCGAUCGCUUGGAAAAGCCGAGUAUCUAUCGGUGCGCUUCAAUUGAAAGGCUAGACCUUCCAAAAUCCAGGAGUAUGAAGAUAUUAGAUGCUACGGAAUGCGCAAAAUUAGCCGAAAUUCAAGGCGUCGAUAGGUUGGAGUCCUUGGAACGGUUGAGUAUCUCUAGGUGCGCUUCAAUUGAAAGACUGCUUCUUCCAAAAUCCAGGAGUUUGAAGAUAUUGGAUGCUGAAUUGUGCAUCAACGUAGCCGAAAUUCAAGGCCUCGAUAGGUUGGAGUUCUUGGAAGAGUUGAAUCUCUAUGGGUGCACUUCGUUUGAAAGACUGCUUCUUCCAAAAUCCAGGAGUUUGAAGAUAUUGGAUGCUGAAUUGUGCAUCAACGUAGCCGAAAUUCAAGGCCUCGAUAGGUUGGAGUUUUUGGAAAAGCUAAAUAUUAGUUGGUGCACUUCAAUUGAAAAGUUGCACCUUCCACUUUUCCUAAUUGUGCUACACUUCCUUUUCCCAAGAGAAACCACUGUAAUUGCCAAUCUAGCUCCGAUCGCGUCUGAUGGAGAAUUGGCUGAAUAUGGAGGUGAAGUGCUUGAAAUUCUAAAUGAGAACAUGAUAUCGAACUAA